CAGACAGACGACGAAACGACGAAAGUCAAAGUUGUAAACUUAACCUAGAAUAGAAGUUAGAAACUGAGGGAAAGAAACAAACAAGAAUCAACAAUGAAGUCUUUUAAAUAAAAUUCAUGUAUCUCUUUACUUGAUAACAAUUACAUUGAUAACUACGGGGAAAUUGGUACAUUUUAAGAAUCUUUGUUUACUAUGGCAGACGGAGAAAGAGGCCGGGACUCUCGGAGAAAGAAAUUUUAUCCUAACAGGGAAAGAGAAGAGAAAAACUACGGAUCCAGAAGGUUGCCUAUAAUCUUGACCAAACCAGAUGGAGAUAAAGAAGCUAAAGGUGGAAAAAAUAAACCCCAAGAAAAUGCUGAAAAACCUCUUUCACAACCAACAAUAAUCCUAAGUACCAGAGAUGGGGACAAUCGAGCUGUUUCUCCUAGUCAGAGAUCUGCCAGAGGUGAAAAGAAGAAUGAAACUCCAGCACCUCUAUAUCACCUGGCUCCAAAAACUUCCAGCUCAGAAAAUACAAACGCUCUUGCCCUGCCUCCCGAGAUGACGUCCUCUGUGAAACUCAUCAAUGAUCAGUUCCAAAUGCUCGAUUCCUGCUUGGAAUUCCUCACUGACCAGACAGACUUCAUCGUGAUUGGCUGCGUCGGCCCCCAGGGUGCAGGGAAAUCUACCCUAAUGUCCCAUCUCGCUGUCAAGUCUUGUGUGUACCGUCUGAAGGGAGCGAAACUGACUGAGCUGCUUUGCACAAUUUUCAACACCCAGUCUCUGAGUGACCAAAUUAAGGGGAACCACUGCACAGAUGGGGUUGAUUUCUACAUUUCCCCAGACAGAGUCAUUUACUUGGAUUGUCAACCCAUCCUCUCACAUUCUACGUCUUUGGACAUUAACUUAUUGAAAAUACCGUCAUCGUCACAGAGUUAUAUGGACUCUAUGUUUUUUGAGAAUCUAUCAAGUGUGUUGUCUCUACAGCUGACUGCCUUUCUAAUGUCCGUCUGUCAUGUUGUGUUGUUCGUACAAGAUACUUUCAACAACCCCAACCACAUCGGAUUUCUCCACACAGCCGCCAUGUUGAAGCCCCCCACCAACACAUCUGCAGAGGACUGUCUGGUGGAAUACUUCCCUCAGAUCAUGUUCGUCCACACUCACUGCAGCUCGGAAGACUUCUCUUUACCCAGGGUCAAACUUAUACAGGACUGGUACAGCAAAGCCUUCAGCAAGUCUAUGCUGCAGAUUCAUAGUGGUAUUGGGAUUGCUAAUGGAGGAGUGAUUGAUGCUCUCACUCCCACCUCACUGGACCAGGAGCCGUUGAAUCUGUUCCUGUUGCCAUCUCUGGUUGACGAGGAACCUAAUGGCCAUUUUCAAGGUCACCCGGGAUAUGAGGAUCUGCUUAUCAAGAUGAAACAACAACUCACUGGCAUCACAACGUAUCAGCUGUCUACCACUCAACUCUUGUAGAAAAAUUGGUUUCACUACGCAAUGAAAGUGUUUGAAAACACCCGGAAGAGUUCAUUUCGGAGAAUUUUUCGGACAGCCGCAUUCUACCUUGAACAGCUGAUUGGCACCAGUUGUUUGCAGAUUUUGAUGUUUUUAACAGCUGAUUUCGGAGGUAAAGAGUAGCUCCAAAAACACAUCCAAGACAACACAGAUGUACGGAUAUUCCAUGUGUUGGCAUUGCAGAGGAUAUUCUAAAAUAUGUUCAAUACAAGUUUUUUUAACCUAGAACUUGUUUCUGGUUUAUUGAACGAGGAAGCAAUGUUAGAACUUUAUGUUGGCAAUUGUUUAAGAGAACUUGAUUAGUUAAAAACCUCUAAUUUACUUAAAAAUAGUUUUGUACUAUUUGUAUUGUAUAUAUUAUUUUUAUUUUCAUUUUACAACUCAAACUAAGUUUGUAACAUGUAUAAUUGUGUUCUGAUAAGAUUCUCAUUUCACAGAAUAAAUAAACAAGAUGUUAAUGUUUCAUUUUCAUAAUAAUUAAAUUUAGUAAAAAAAAAUAACAUUGUAUUUUACUCUCUCAAAAUUUAUUAAACAGACCUACAAGCAUCAGAAUAGGUUACCGGUAUAAUUUAUUUACCAAAUAAAAGUAAACUGUAAUGAUAAAGGAAGGAAGGAAGUAAAGAAUCCCAUUUUGGUUGAUUGAUAUAUUACGAGGGCAGAAAAUAUGGAACGUUUCCAUCUGACGUUGAUGAUCUUGCACUUCCCAGUACACAUGUGUUCGCCCCACUCUUUCUCUUGUUCGUAGUUCGUAGUUUGUUUCAUUGUCUGUCCAAUCGUCCUAGCAGAAGGGCCAUUGUGGUGCCCAUUGUAGCAAUCUUUACAUUAAAAAUUAUAGGGUUUUCUUUUCCGAGACAGUUUGGCUCUUCUACCCGGCCGAUUUUCAUAAUUUUGGUAUGCACAUAUAGAUUUGCCAUUUAGCUUGAUUCAUUUAUGUACUUUACUACUCGACCAAAAAACAUACAAUCGUUUUUUUUCAAUUCUCACUUCAAAUAAAUAUGUACUUCGCCAGCUUUAUUACAUUACGCUAUAUGUUUUGAUCUAAGAACCUUCAGUAAAAUACCAACUUUCAUUUGAGCCAUUGAUUAUUAAGUAUCUGAAGCACGCUGCUGAAUCAGGAAUCAAGAAUAAAUAUAAUUAUUUUAGAACGUAUCUGCAAUCAAUGAUACGUAACUUCAUUUUUAUUUUAGCUAUUUUAUGUGUCUUGGUCUUAAAAUACUCCUAAAAAUAAAGGUAUUCAUUUGAGAUAUUGAUGAAUCAGUUAGGUUCAUGAUACUAUAUUACU